AUGCUCCGCCGGCUGUUCUGUUUGGCGUUUCUGCUUUUAGUCAAAGCCGAUGAUGACUCGGUUGGUUUUGAAUUUUAUCAGAAUUUUCUCGGGGAAAACUCAGAAAUUCUCCUAUAUUUGAGUCUGGUUAGGUUAGAAUUACACCAAACGUUUUUUGAGGAAAAUCGGAUAACCGUCAUUUUUCUGUGAAUUUUUACAUCUAUAAAAAUGAAAAUUGAACGAUUAUUUCAGCUGGUUAAGAUAGAGGGAUAUUUUUCAACUUCGUUUCAACAUGAAAACCUAGAAACAUUGCUUUAUCAAUAGGGUAUUUAUUUUUCCAAUUGCAACUCCUCCAUUCGGCUAAUGAAACUCGUCUUCAAAUUCUAGCUUGGAAAUAAAAUAUGCGGAGCUUUCGGUAAUUGGUUAUGUAGAAAAAAAAAAGAAAAAGAUUUUGAAUAUGACUUUUGAAUAAUUGAUGAAAAACGUUUCUCGUUUUUAUGUUCUGGUUUGCACUUUCUGACAGAGUGAAAAUCUACUUUGCGACAAUGAAAUUUGAACUUUUUGCUUCUCGAUCACCUCUAACUAGUAAGAGCUAAAAAGUUUGAAUGUCGAUCGAAAGUCAAAGUUUUCAUCAGAUUUUUUUGGAAUCUCUCCAUUUCAAAUUACUAUAAUUAAUGGAAAGUGAAAAAAAGAAAGUUUUCAGAUACUACGUUCAGCGGAACGAAAAAUCCCAGUUCAUCCGACGCCGCCUGUUUCUCGCCGCAGUUUUCGUGAUGGCGAUAGCCUCCUAUUGGCUCAAGUGGUCCGUUUUUUUUUUUAAUUGGAAGGUCUUACUUCUCUCAUCAGGUAUGGAGACACGGUGAUCGAGCGCCAGUUGGCACUUACCCUACCGAUGAACAUCAAGAAAACGCUUGGCCCAAUGGCUGGGGCGAGCUGACGCAGGUUUUCAUAUAUCUACAUGAAUAAGCUUCAAUAUGAAAACUUCUUGCGAAAAAUUCUGGAUUUAAAUUUCCAGCUUGGAAUGCUGCAACAGCUGGCUCUUGGACGAUUGCUCUUUAACCGAUAUAUAAAUACAACCAAGCCGUUUUUGAAGGGCUACUCGUCCAAGGAGGUGAGAGGUCACUUUAAUAGCACAAUACAUCUCUAUGAAGGCUUGGGGCUUCCAGGCCUAAUCUCAAAAAUAACGAAGCGAAAAGCUAGCGCACCGAAUUGCAGUAGAAAGUAGAUCAGCCUGAAUUUAAAAAAAAGUUUCAAAAUACUAUUAGUCCACUUUUAUGAUUACAGUAGAUGUAUUUUGUAAGAUUCCGACUUAUUUCAUAAAUUUGACAACCAGAAACACGCUUCCCUUCCUAAACUUGUUUAAAGAGAAAAGGAAGCUGAGGAAAUCAAAAACCCCUUUCAGGUUUACAUUCGAUCAACAGACGUCAAUCGGACCCUCGUGUCCGCCUAUGCUAACCUCGCCGGCAUGUUCGAAAAUGGGAGCAGCGGACGCGAUUUCCCUCCUUCUGUUAGGUAGCUUUUUUGUAAUUCAUUUCCAUCUACGGGCUAAACCGCCGCUUUAGAAGCAUUACUGACCCCUUGUAGGGCUUCAGAAUCGAAAUUUUUCUUUUGAACUUAUUUUCCUUCAAAUUUUGACCAAGACUCGAACCAAAAACCUUUUAACUGUGAGAAAUAAGUAUUAACUGCUGUCUCAUCUUCAUCGCCUAUUUAUGUUGUAUUAUAUAUAUGAGAACUUGAACACUGAGAACCAGUAUUAUUAUACUAUGUAUAGUUCAAGAUUGAACAAGAUAGGACGGGAUCGUGCUAAGCCACGCCAAAGAGAACAAAAAUGAAAGGUCCAGAGGAUGGCAAAGCUUAAUGACUGCCAUCGCGCGCGGAAAGAGAUCAACACGCGUCACCUACUCUCGUACCAAUAACUGAGUUGAGAUGGCCGCGAGGCUGGACUCCGGUUCCCGUGCACACUGUCCCAGAGGCGACAGACAACGUCGGCAAUGUCUUCGCCUACUGUCCACGGACAAACGAACUCGUCUCCCAGAUCCAUCAGAGCAAACAGUAUCUCCAGUUCCUCGAGAGCAACGAAGUCUCAGAAACUGUCGGAAAUCGAAAUAUUGAAUGAUUUUACAGGAUUUUUUGGGUUUUCUGAGUGAGAAAACUGGAUUCAAUGUGGGAAUGGACGGAGUCUACCUUGUAGCUGAUGUCAAUUUCAUUGAGGUAACGGCUUUUUUGAGUUUGAGACAAAGCUAAUUAUUUUUUUAAUGUUUAAAAAAAAUGGGAUGAAAAAAAGAAUCAAGCUUUUUGAUAUUUUUUUUUUGAAUUAAUUGAAGAAACUAAUUUUUCAGAGUUUUUUUUCAAGUUUUUUGUCCACCAACUCUGAGAGCUUUCGCUCAUUUUUCGAGUUGCUUCUGAAUGAACUCCAAGGCCUUUUUUAAAAAAUUCUUUUCGAGUAAUUUCAAAAAAUUGAAAAAAUAAACAAGCUUCCAGCCCAUUUUUCUCCAGCUUCUUUUAAACAAUUUUCUUCGAUCCUUUCACUUUUUGGAUAUUACUUUUGUGAACAACGAACUUUUACAAAAAGCGAUAAAAAAAACUAUUUUUAAGUCAAAAGUCUAAGUGCUUUUGAGCCUUUUGAAUCAUUCAGAAGCAUUUGAACAAAUCUAUUUCAUCGGGUAACCCUUUUUUUAACUUUGGCCAAAUUCUUGAGACGGUCUACAACAUGUCGCAACCUGAGUGGCUGACCGACAGUGUUGCCGAAAAGCUUCGGAACCUUUCUCGCGUCUCUUCUGAAUACAUGUUCGGAAUCGGCAAGCCCUACGUCCCCGAACUGAUUCGACUUCGUGGAGGCUAGUGCUCAUAGAUGAUUCCAACCGACUUCAAUCCAUUCAACUUCAGGACCUAUGCUGAGAAGCAUUGUCGACAAAAUGAACCUCAAGAUUGAUUGCCUCAAAAAAGAUAACGUUGGAAGUGAGUGCACUUGGAUUCGGAACCUGAAGUACCACGCCUACUCUGCGGUAACUUUUUCCUUUUUUUCUUAUUUGAAAAAAUUCUCAGCACGACACUACAAUCUACGCAUUAUUGACGACUUUUGGCGAUGAAGGAAGAGUUAUUCGAGGCGGAAUGCCCAAGUAUACGGCUUCAAUCGACGUGGAACUUUGGGAUUUGGUCGAUGUCGGCCCUGCUGUCAGGGUGAAGAAGUUUUACCAUUAUAUUUCAAAAAGUUGAGAUUCAGGUUUUGUUUCACAGCGCGUUCCACCACAACUACCAUGUCAUAACUCAUCUUGUCAAAGGAUGUCCUCAAAGCGAGGAGUUCUGUCCUUUUAAGGUAAAAGUUACGUAGAAGGCUUAGAGUUUCCCUCAUUCAGACGUUCGAGCAAAGAAGCGCAAAGUUCAUGCCCGUCAAUUUGGAGAAGGAGUGCAAAAGUACAGCCGAACUCAACAAUCGUACGGCUGACAAAAUUCUGAAGUCUCGACGGUUCUCUUGA